CUCGACGGCAAAACCACAAAAACGAUGAAAAUCUUGUGGGAUCGCGAUGGAGUAAAAGGCGGACCGAGCUCAAUGAAGGUUUUACUGGACUGGCUGACAGCUGAAGGCAACUACGCUAUGUGGAAGGGAGGCGAUAGUUCAACCGGCCCGACAAAGGAAGCGUUAUGUGGAGUAAUUAUCGACAAGUUGAAAGAUGUCGGCAUUACGCACAGGAAGUCAGCAGACGUGCGUGACAAAAUUCGUUAUCUUGAAAAACAAUACAGGCGAGCUAUCGACUGGCUGGCUAGCACAGGACAGGGAACAACUGAUGAUGCUUCGAUCCGCUCGGCUAUUCUUCAGUUGUGUCCCUGCUACUAUCAGCUCGCACGCGUGAUGGCCGAUAACCCCGCAUCGGCACCCUGCCAAACAAUAAACAACACGAAUGAAGACAGCGAUAAAAGAAAUCGAAAGCGACGACUUAGUAUUGCAGAAAUCACCAGUGAGGAAACCCAUGACUGGCAUAUGACACUGAGACGGACAGAACAGCAAGAACCUAGGCCACAAGAUCGUGACAGUGCCGACACGGAGUGGCUGGAGCUUGAAGAGAAGAAACUUGAGCUUGAGAUGAGACGAGAGGCCCGCGAGGAGGCCAAGGCUAAUGCAGAAGUGGAACUUAUCAAUGCUAAACGACGAUCAGUAGAAAUCGACAACACGACUCGACUGCUGCUAGCAAGAAAACAACUCAAAGACGCCGGUUACACUGAUGAAGAAGUUGAUGCGCAUUUACCACUUAACACUUAAAAAAAAUAGAUCUAUUCAGCCAUGUCGGCAAUUAAAGGAUGGCCCAGUCUGCUCAUUGACGUUUUGCCGUCGUAGACACCUUCACAGAAUC